ACAAAAAAAACAAUAUCCUCAUAAACCACCUUUGUGAGAAUUUAAAAAACAAAAACUACCUUUAAUGCCCGCCAAAAUCCACUAAAAUUGAUUUGAAAAAAAAUCAUUCAAUAAUUUAAAUGUCAGAAAAUUCACUGUGACUUUUAUUCGAAAAUUUUGUUGAAUUUUUCUAAAAUAUAUUAUCAUGGCAUUGGCAAUGGUCAGUUUAGAUUCUGGUGCCACUACUGGACAUUCUUUUGUCAGCUCAUUAUCAUCAUCACCUUCAUCAUCAUCUUCAUUAACAACAACAACGGUUGAUGUGACUACUACUGCUGAUGAAUUAUUAUUAUCUACCUCUUCAUCAUCAAAUGAUUCUCAUGAUCUCAUUAUGAUGGAUUCAAUAUUGUCAUCAUGUCCACAAACACAAACUUCUCCGAUGUUAUCGUUACCACCGUUGCCACCAUCAUCAUCAUCGUUGAAUAGUAAUACAACAUCGGCCGAUAUUAUGAUCUCUGCAAAUAAUAACAACAAUGUUCACCAUCUUCAAUCGAUCGUUCAGCGGCGACAACAACGUCGUCCGAAAUUGGACAUAACAUCAACCAAUUCAUCAUCGUCAUUAUCACAAAAAGUUCGACUUUCCUUGGAUAUGAAUGGAAUCAAUCAUCAUCACUUCAAUCACCAUCAUCAUAAUCAUCAUCAUGCUAAUCCAAUGGUAAUCACAGUGGCAGAUAAUAGUCGAAAAUUAAAAAUUGGAAAAUCGCAAUCACCAUGCUGCAAAACUUGUCGGAUGCAAGUUUGUCGUCAAAAUUCUUAUCAACAACAGCAACAAUCACAAUUUAAGAUGGACAUUCAUGAUACUAUAGAAUCAGAUUAUAAUUCCAAUCCAUCAAGUGCACCAAUAUUGACAGGCGAUGAUGAAGCUUCCAAAAAUUCCUUAUUAUUAAAUCCAAUAAAUUCUUGCUGUAAUCUUAUGAUCUCAUCAUCAGCUUCAUCAUCUUGUUCAUCCUCGGUAUCAUCAAUGUCACCAUCUUCAUUUCUAUCAAGUUCCUCGUCAUCGUCGUCUAUGUCCUCGAUAGUAUCGCCUUCAUCUCUAUUUUGUGGUGGUUCAUCCGCAUUAAAACGUACCAAACGUAAUCUAUUGAUGGCGGCAAAUGAGCUUCCACCAUUGGAUAAUAUGGCUAUAUCAUCUUCAUUUACGUUUGAUGAAACUCCUUCAGGUUCUGGUGAUGAUUGUGAUGGUUCCUCAUCAUCGGUAAUGGAAGCAAAUGCAACACCUAUACUGCCUUUUUUGUAUUUGGGUAAUGAACGUGAUGCAAAUGAUGUCAAACGUUUGGAUGAGCUUGAUAUAACUUAUGUUUUGAAUGUAACAUUGCAACCAUCAUCAACAACUAUCAUCGCAAACUCUGAUAGUAAAGUUGUCGAGAAUAUGAAUGGAUCAUUUUCUUGUCAAUCUAGUCAUGAUGAUUCAUCAUCACAAUCUAAUAGUCAUUCUAAUCACUGUGAUAGAAAUAAUAAAAAUAACAUCAAUUAUCGUGAAGAACCAGAAUGCUAUGAAUCCGAAUCUGCAAAACAUUUGUCAUUGUCGAAAACUAUGAAUCGUCUUUAUAAGUGGUUACCAGCAUCGGAUAAUUAUCAACAAAAUUUAAAACAAUAUUUUGAAGAAGCUUUCCAUUUUAUUGAUGAAGCCCGACAAAAAGGCCAUCGCGUACUGGUACAUUGUCAAGCCGGUAUUUCUCGUUCAGCAACGAUAACCAUUGCUUAUAUUAUGCGUCAUCUGUAUAUGACUUUAUCCGAAGCCUAUAGUUAUGUUAAAUCGCGAAGACCAAUCAUCUCACCCAAUUUGAAUUUUAUGGGACAAUUGGUCGAAUUGGAAGAAAUGUUACGCACUCAGCAACAAUCACAGCCAAAAAUACCAGCUAAUGUCUCUACGGAUACCGUCGAAAUUGCCAAAGAUGUUGCAUCAAAAUCUAUCAAAUCGAACACUAUGGAAUCUGAAAAUACAAAAUCGAUAAGUGACUUUUAUGGUGAUAAUUCAUUACCAUUAUCAACAAAUGAUAUGAUCUAAUUCAAUCAUUUGUUAUCAUCAGCAAUAUCAUCAACAAUAACAUGAAUGGACUUUAUCAUCAUCAUCAUCA